AUGUCGCGGCUGCUGUGCCGGCACGCCGGCACCGUCCUGGGCGUGUCAUGUGUGUCAACGGGUGCCGCGGCGGGCUCCGACAGCUCGGCGCUCGUGACCGUCGAAGGGGAUGGCGUCAUCUCGUAUGCGGGAGCUUACGCGGAGGCGGAGAGGGCGUGGGCGGCGGGCCGGGCGCAGCUUGUGUGCGCAGCGCAGCCAGACAGCGACGGCGAGGGGAUCUGGGUGGGCGUGCGGGGAGUCACGGGGAAGGUCGACCUCGCGCGGGCGCGCCGCGACGCCUCGGGCACCACGCUCGCGACAGCGGACGCGUCACCUAUGCCGGGUUUGAUGUGCCUACACCCCGCGCCACAGGGCGUGCCGGGGGUCGUGGCCCUGGCCAGCGACGGGACCGCGCACCUGGUGAGCGGUACGGACGGAGUGGUGCAUUCGUCUGAGCCCCCAGGCCGCGCAGGCAACGUGCAGGGGUCCGCUUCUGCAGGCCCUGGCCGCUUGGUCUACGUGGAGAACCAUUCCAAGGAAGGGCUUAGAGCGUGGAGGAUUUCGGUUGCUGACGGCGGCGACGUGCUGGAACGGCACGGUCCGUUCGCCAUCGGCGCUGCGCCGGCGCCGGCAGCCACCCCGGCAGCCAUCGCCUCCGAGGACGGCGAGACCCUGGCGGUUCUGUGGUCGACGGGCCAUCUGCGUCUUCACGGGCUAACAGAGGGCCGCCACACGACGGACAUUGGCGCUCCAGUCUUCGAGGUGGCGCUCAGGGGGCUGCGGACCCCAGACGGCAACCCACCAGCGGCCUCCGGACGCGGAAAGAAACGCGCUCAGGCCGCCUCGGCCGCGCCUUCCGCCUCCCUAUCGAUGGCGGCUCUCGGAGGCGGCUACUACGCCGUUGCCGGGCAGACAAACACCGACGCAGCGGCGCCGUUGGCUCCCAACAAGGCGAUUUUGGCCGUUCUCGACCUGAAGUUCGGCGCCGUUCACGCGCUGAAGCGCUUCGAAGAGGAGAUCGACGGGAAGCUGGAAGGCCUGCAGGUCACGGGCCUGACCGCGGCGCAAGUGGACGGGCACAGGGGCGUGCUGGCGACGUUGGGCGGCGCGGUCGUCGCGGUGCCGCUGCCGCUGCCGCCGCUGAGCCUCGCGGCCGUCGCGCAGCUGCGUAGGUCCGGCGCGGACGCCACCGCGCUGAUCGUCGGCGCGGGCGACGACAGCGCGUCGCGGCCAGCGCUCGUUGCGUGGCGCGCGGUCCUUGGCACCGCGACGCCGGCUGCGGGCACCGACGGCGCAGCCGCGCUCCUGGUCGCCGCCCCGCGCGAUCGGCUCGCGUUCGACGAGCGCGAGGCCGCGGAGGGCAGCAUCGCGAAGGGCAUCGCGGCGCUGCAGGGCGCAAAGACAGCGGCUGGCGUGGUCAAGGCGGCGGGCGCCCUUGCGGAGGCACACGAGGCCAGCGACGCGCCGUGGUCGCAGCACGCGGUGGCCUCGCUGGCGGCGCGGUGCGCUGCCGUCGGCGGUGGCUGGGGCGCCCUGCGUGGCGUGUUGGAGAAGGCCACGCCCGGCACGCUGGCGUGUCCGCCGGGCGCCGUUUCGGAGCUGCUCGCGGCCGGCGACGCGCUCACGCUCGUGCACCUGAUCCUCGCGGCGGCGCACGUGCCGGCGGGGGACCUCUCGCUCGUUUUGCGCGCGUGUCUGCCUGACAGCGGGGCUGUGUCAGACGCACUCGCCGCGGGCCUGCGCGAGGCGGCCGCUGCGAGCGCCGCGGCCGCGCAGCAGAUCGUCGCCGACGCCGAGGCGCGGCCGACCGCGACCACCGUGCGCGGCGCGGCCCUCGCUGCCGCAGCCAUCGCAGUGGCGCCGCGCUGCGGCUAUGCAGCACCGCUCCUGCACGCCGCCAUCGCCCUGCGGCCCGACCCCGCGUCGACGAUCGAGGCGCUGCAGCGCCUCCCGCUCGCCCCGACGAUCGACCUCCUCCGCUACCUCCUGACGUGGCUGGAGGCGUACCACCGGCGACCCAGUCUGACCAACAGCGACAAGGGCGGCACGCGGCUGACGCCGCCGCUGGCCGCGCCGUCGCUCGGCACGGUGCUCGAGUGGGCCAACCUCACGGUCGACGCGAACUUCGCGCGGCUGGCGACGCACCGCGACGCAAGCGACAUGUUGCGCCGCAUGCAAGACGUUGUCGGGGCGCUCUCCGGGGCGUCGCGGUCGCUCGGGCGCCUGCAGGGCGUCGUGGAGCACGUGCAGCUACACGCGCCGCUGCCGGCCGGGGCGGGCACCGCCGCGAGUUUGUACAGUGUGGAGCUGAUCGAUCUUUCGGUGGGGAAGGGGCCGUGA